GUACCAAAAGAGCUAUCAUAACCUCGAGCUCUCGCCUUCCAGCUGUCACGAACUAUUUUAUUUCCCUAUCUCAUGUAACAGAUGCGCCGGGCAUGAGUCUCAGAGGUUCAUUGCGUCCCUCUGACGCAUCCACUACAAGCAGUGCCGGAGCGUCCUCGCAGUUCAAAGACUCUCUCCAGGAAGAGCUUGAAUUGUGGUGUGGAGCCAUUCCCUUGGAAGACAACCCUUCGUUCAGGUCUUUGGUUAAUAGCCCUCAAGAUGCUAAAAGCUCUGUGUUCGAACCCAGAGAGCAACACUGUGGUAUGUGGAAAGAUGCGCCAAAUAGCAGUUGUCACGCCUCUUUUGGAAACCAAGGUACAACGGCCUCAGUGUCCUGCUUUGGCAAUUUCAUCCAAAUCAACCAAUUCCUCGGAGCAGGACACUCUGGUAUCUUUUCAAUGGACCACAUAAACACCGACGUGCCCUACUAUGUUUCCGAACGAGCUAGCGAUUUAGACGCCUUGGGCUCUGAAAAUGUAUAUCCUUCGCUUGGCGUGUAUCUGCCUAAAGCAUAUCGGCCAAAUCGAGCGCCAGAAAUGAAAUGGGUCAAUUGGAGAUGGCCGAGAUAUGAAUGUAAGCUUGAUAUUGGCUUCAACUUGCCCCGCCUUUAUCGAAGAGACUGUCUCAGCAAGCUCCUUUGCAAAUGGUUGAAGCCCAGCGCAACAGACUCGUCAAUACAGCACACUGAAGAGCCAUGCAUGGCGCUGAUAUUCAUCUACACAGGGAACGUGCUAGAGAACGACACCCGGCCCAUUGCGAAAGUGACAGUCCAAUUCUUUGUGAAGGAUAACAUUGUUUUUCAGCAAUUCGUGGUUACAAACACAGGGAGCUCACCUAUCGAAAACUUUCGGAUCCGAGCAGGCCGUGCUAUAUUGAUAAGAGACUUGGACUACCUUGAUGAGCCCUCUUACAACGAUAAUGACAGCAAGAGUUACAUCCGAGGGCCGGGACCCAAUGGAUUUAGCUGGAUCACAGUCAAUGUCAUCGAUAGUGAGAAAUCGGGUUCGACCACAGGGGUUGCCACAGGAGCUAUUCACGUGGAGAGCAAUUCCAAUCAUGCUGUGGAGGGACUGCAACAACAUAAUUCACGAACAGAAGCUGCAGGGAACGAGGCAUCUAUGUCUCCACCGAGGACCGCAUCGGGGGAAACCAUCAGGCGCCACCGAGCUUCAGGUCAGACCAAUGUGGAACUUGACAUAUCGCCAGCGAGCGACCAAGUCGAAGGUGUGCGAAAACAAGCCAGCAUCGAUCAGCAAAACCUCAACAGUGGAGGAAACAAGACUUGCGAUCAGCUGCAGGAGAAAAUUCCAAACAAGAGUAAGCAGCCUCCUAGCGAUACUGAACUGUGGCAGCAGAGAGAGAUUUCAGAUACAUGGACUACUAAGGAUGCCCACGCCGUCGUUUCUGUCAUGAGUUUAUUUGUGAAUGGGACCGCACAAAAGAUGGGGAUGGGGCGAUACAAAUCUCACCGGACAAUCGGAGCCAGUGGCAGCAGUUCAAGCGUGCUGAAAAUAACAGCUGCAUACAAGAUGAUUGUGAUACCGGAUAGAAAAGUGCAUUGGAAGAAUUUCCUCAUUCCUGCUGAAAUUUCUGAUGUUGAUGCGAAGCUAGCCGCGGAAUCGGAAGGACUGUGGGAUGACCUUGGCGGUGGCAGCAACAGUUAUUCGCUUCGUGACAUCGGAAUCUGCACAAAAGGCGGUUACGAACGGGACUUGGGUCAAGAUACAGGUGGUCUCGGGCAAAAGCCAGAGCGUUUCGACUCUGAGGGUCACGGUGCUAUGAACAUUGCGAUGAAGGACGAAACUGCUACCAGCACAGAUUCAAAAGUGGCCGCCACGACAGGAGGGAGGUCGGCAGCCGCCGAAUCUUCCAACAAGCACCGAUCAUCCCAAGACACCAGCGCAAGGCCUCACAGUGGUACUGCAAUAGGAACUUCUCAGAAAGUGCCUGUCAUCAACUCCAUUGAGUAUCUUACUUGGCGACAUACGGAGCACAUUCUUUCUGUCUGCAUGCUGCCUCUCUUGGUACCGCUUCUAUUGGAGGAAGAUUCAUCUGGAACGAGUAUUCAGCAGAGCAGCGCCGAUAUGAACAUCAAGGUUAAUACUUCCGGCAACUCAAAUCCCGCAGAGGUUGAGCACGACGUCCCAGUGGCCCUCACAUGUGGAGACAUGUCGGGGCACCGGAUAUGCACUUCAGCCAGCUUCUUUGCAUUUGAGUUUCUCGUCGAUGUUCUUGGGCGAUUGGAAUAUGUCGAGCAGGCACCAUACAUCCUCUCACUUCGAGGACGGAUCAUGGCAGCAUGUCGCGGGCACAUUAAGUGGCUCGAAUGGGUAAGGAAGGCUUGGCUCCCACUUCAUCAGACCCACAGUCUCCUAGAAUCGGGCUGUUUCGCUGCCAACUACUGGGUCAAUGGCCAGAUCAUGCACAACUUGAAGAACUCUGUCACAUGGCAACCGGACGAUGCCAUAACCGACACUCCGUUUCAGAUUCUCAAAGUUACUGCUUAUGUGAAACUGCUUCGAACAGUGCCUAGCACUGCGGUCCGGCAGAAAGAGGAAUUGAGACAUCCUAUGGCUCUGUUACGAGAUGUGUGGGCUUGUCUGAUUACCGAGCUUGACGAUCUGGACAAGCGAAAAGCCUGUGCAUGGCGUCACAAAAGCGAGAACGGAUUGAAUACAUAUCGUCUGGAUGACCAUUUCUGGUUGUGGAACAGCCUGGCUGAAUUACAUUCCCUCGGACUGUGGAGCCUGGUUGAUGCAAAUGGCAAGUCAUGGGAGGGUUCUCCAGACCGAUGGAUGUCCAAGAUAUUCCCCUCCUCGACUGAAGUGAAGCAAGACGAAGAAAGUUCGACGGAUGAUUCGGAAAAUGUGAGGCAUACAAAGUCGUUCGCGAAUUUCGUCUCGAAGGCUAGACGUCUUAUGCCUAAAGAGGUCCAGAGAGCGGUGCUCCAGCGAUUCACGGUAGAAAACAAUGUUUCAGGAGAGCGAAUGCUGGCCGUAACGCGAUCCGCAAGGGAGACUCGAUUCUUCUUCCAUGCUCGCGAUACCGCGCUUUUCUAUGGCCACAAGCGCGGUUUCUUCCGACCCGAAACUGCAUUCAGCGAUCUUUGGGAACGGACCAUCAAAUGUCAGAGUCAUCACGAAGAGGCUUUACAGGAGGGAUGGCAUAGUCCAUUGCGGUUCGCUCUAGGAGCAGUGGCUGGUCUAAAUGGGUUCUCCAUUGACAAAAGAGACCCUGAUGAGUUGGUCCGACAGUCCGUGGAAGCCCUCAUCCGGACCAGCUCCCAAAAUGCUUCCAUUCCUGGUGAAAUGGACGCAGUGACUCGAGAACCGCUAAUAUUCAAAGCAGAGGAAGACAGAGACUACUAUUACCAUGUUGGAUUCGAGUCCUGCCGUAUUCUUCUGGAGUACGGCAGAAGAAUUGAAACAGCGUUUCGAUCUGAACAGACUGAUUGCAACUCCCCUGCUGCAAAGCAGACCGAGGGCGAUAGCCGCCAGUUUCAAAGCCAGCGGGAGAUGGUCGAGAUACUCCUGAAUGAGAUGCUGGCGCAACCUAAGAAGCAGAGUUUGACGAAGUUCCCACACGGAGGCGACUAUAAAGCUCUUUCAAAGCUCUCCGGAGUAGAUGCACGCUUUGACAGAAAACGAAUAUCCAUGGUCAUGAAAAAGUUCAUGCCCUUUAAUAGUAUGAUCGAUGCGAGCAGUAUCACGCCGUUGGAUGAAGAGUGGCUUUACAAUUACCCCGACUUUCUGUUAGUCAAGGACAUCGACUUGCAAGAUCAACUGAAGAAGCUGUUUAGCAAGUAUUCCAAACGGUACCUACCGCAGAUACAUUUUUACGGGUCUGAAUCUUCCAUCAUCGAUAAAGCGCUUGAGGCUCUCGGUAAUAUUGCUCCGAAUGACUUUUCCAUCAAGGGAAUCGGGACAGACAAGUGGAUCAAAGAUGGAAUGGUGGCAGGCUUACCGAAGCAAAAAAGUCUGCGAGAAAACAGACGAAAAUGGUCUAUUGGCGCGACUUGUUACCGUUUCUCCGACCCUUUCAAUAAGUGCCUCUGGGACUCAAUCAGCAAAGAGCGGUCCGCAGUCACAGCAAAAAAACGUUUCCUGUGGCUGCCAGCACGCUCCAACCCAGAAACAGCUCUUCUCUGUUGGCUAGCAAGUACCGAUACGGAAAAGCCUGCCAUAUCCUUGUUCUUUGAUCGUCAUGCAGGAUACGACAACCACUUGUGGGACGAUACGACCAUGGUCAUGAACACAUGGCAAACAGAGCUUCAUCUCUGCUUUUGGCUGAUCUACAAUAAGAGCGACCCACUUCACCAAGGUCUACCACACCCAAUUGUAGCACCCUGGCCAAGGGGCAAUGAUAAAGAGUUCCGUCGUGCGUCGAUUGGGUUCCGGUUCAACGGUGACUUCUUUGAUCGCUACUGGACAGGUUACUUCAUCCAGUACAUCCCUGGAUUGAGCUAUUCUUGGGGCAUUCCACUGCACUGGACGAAUAGAUUCAUCCGGGAGAAGGAGUCUUGGCAGCGAAAAGUUCUGGAAUUGCAGCUUCUACAACAUAUUUUGAACUUGAUCUUGACCAGCUCUAACAAGAUAUUGCACGAAAUCGAAGCAGAGCUUGGGAUAAAGAAGGGAAUAUUGAUCUUCUCCGUAUUGACAUCGGAGGCGUACACGGAAUCGGCGAAUCACUGGCAGAUAUAUGAGGAACUUUUGGAGAAGGCAGAGGACGAUAUCUUAUCGUCCCUGAACACGCUUUCUAAAUGGGCUUCCAGGGAACACGAUCGGGGGCAAGAGAGACCAAGAUGGACACGCAACGACGAAACAAAAUACCGAGGAUCUAUCAACAAGUUGCGCAACCAGACAGAAAGACAGCGGUGGGACCUGGAGAGUAGCCGUGAAAAGAUGUGCAAACUGAGGGAGACUCUGGCCACACGUCAAGCCAAGAUCAGAUCAGACCUUGAAGCAAAGAGGGAGCAGAACAUUCGAUAUUUCACAUACGUGACAGUAAUAUUCCUGCCCCUUGGGUUCGCUUCAAGCUUCUACAGCAUGAACGGUCCUCCGAGCAACGACCUGAUCAUCUCGCUAGCAAAGUUCGCUGCCGCAGCUUUGGCAGUCACGGCCGUCUUUCUCUUCAUUGCUGGCACAUUAAUUGCCUUGGGUGGAAAAGCACUUACUGUGGUCAAGCAUCUCGUCCUCACAGUCAAGAACUAUUCUAUCUCCAUGGUCAAUCGUGCCAUACUACUGCCGCUCCAGCGAUACUCGCGCGGUACCAGGGAGAACAGUCUCCUUUUUAAAGGAGUCUCCGCAGACAAACAGCGUGAAGAGGCAUUGCACAAGGCAUACCCAAAGCAAGACUGGAUGGUCAGUUCCUGGUUCUGGCCCGCUUACCUGCUCCUCGAAUUGCCCACGCGCAUGAUCUCAUCAGCGUUGACAGCGGUCAGAACCGGGACUUUGUCACCCGCAGCUGUGUGGAAAGUGGCAAUUGGUAUUACAGUGUUGCCAGUCUAUGGGCUAUCGCGAGCUGUCCUGUUCUUGUUCAGCAAUAUUGUGGUUUUGCUGAGGAUAUUGAAACACCUCUAUCGCCUUUCCAAGAAGGAGUUGAGCAAAGAUGACAAAAAGGGAGCAUCAGAAAGCAAGAGCACGGAUGCGCAGAUUCCCCAAACCCAUAUGGGCGAUUCAGAAAAGAACACAGCUGGCCAAAGCACACUCCCCGAUGAUUUCUCAAAGCUGAUGCCCACUGCAAAGCCUCUCAUUUCACUACAAACUCUUGAGUUGCGGUUGAAGCAGCGAUUGGAAAAGGUGGAAGCGAAACAGGACACAACGAUGCAGAGAGAGGGUGUUGGAAGAUGAUUCGGGUCUCCUUUUUUUUGUCACACUGUAUGAAGGCGCCAUGUAUGUUCUCGGAUGUAUACGGAAUAGAAGGGAAAUCCGAAACCGAAA